UGAUGAUAAUUGUUAAUUUACUUAUUAUCUUAGUGAACACUUAAAUUUUGGAUACACUAGGUUAUUAAUAUAAAUUAGAAUCAAAUGGAUUUUCUAAUUUAGAAGGAAAAAAAAUCACUAUUAAAGAUUCAUGCAGAAAAAUUAAAAUCCAAAAUCCAACAUUAAACUCAAAAGCUAAUAAAGAUGAAUAUUACUUUUUAGUCAAUUUAACUUGUAAUGAUAUUGUGGACGAUGAAGAGUUUUUUAAUCAAGAAAGAGAUGUUGGAAAUUCAACUAUUGAUGCAAAUUCAUAACCAACUAAUAUUUCAUCUUAUUAAUGCACACUUAAUGUAACAUUUGAUAAUUCUGAGCAUUGCUGUUGUCCUAAUAGAAAAUAGUAAAAUAAUAUUUAAAUUAGUGGUUUUCAAUCUAAAAUCCUGAAUUGACAGCAAUAAUAAUUAUACCC